AUGAGUUCGAAGAAAGUUCCGUUCAACCGUCAUAAGGAGAACGAGGAGGCGAGGAAGAAGAGGGAGGAAGAUGAAGCGGCACGCGUCUAUGCGGAGUUUGUUGAGUCAUUCAAGGGUGAAAGCACAUCUGGAUCAAAGUUUGUCCGUGGGGGCGUGAUUGAUCCCAAUGCCAAGCUGAGAGCUGAUUCUGAAGGUUAUUUCAGUAUCAAUCAUGAUGGAUAUAUGCACUAUUUCUUUUAUUGCUCCAAUUAA